AACAAAGAUGGCGUCGUCAGACUCAGCGUCGUAACUCUGGUCUACACCCACACCACAAUCUUGUGUCAUGUUUGGUGUUAUAAUGGGCGUGUAGUGGGUGAUAAUGGGCGGGUUGAUGGUGGAUCAUGAUAGACGUCACCCAUGACGCCAUGAUCACCGCCAGGAUCAUGAGGAUACUCAGAAAUAAGGUGGUUCUGACGGUGGUCUUCCUGGUGGGUCUCCUCUACUGUUCUCUCUCUCUCUGGUCUCAGAACACAAGUAGCCCCAUUGAGAGUGAGGCGGAAGUCGCAGGAAGGGUCGAAUUUCACUGGGGUCCCGAUUCCGCCAACGGCACAUCCAACGACAAGGUCACGACCUGCAGAAACUCUGUCCAGGGGAAGGUACUCCUGGCUGAUGAUCAAGGCUAUGUGUGCCAUCGAGUGGAUCGUUUGAGCAGCGGGUGUUGCAAUAUUGCGGUGGAUACGACACGUCGCUAUGCAUGUGACACAUGCAACGCUCAUGGGUGCUGCGCCAUCUAUGAGUAUUGCGUGUCCUGUUGCCUUCAUCCUGAUAAGAAAUCCCUACUGAAGAAAGUGCUGGGGCAGAUUAGUGAGAACAGUCCACUGUAUGCCUCGGUGUCUGACCACUUUGAGCUGUGUCUGGUGAAGUGCCGUACCUCCAGCCAAUCAGUGCAGCAUGAGACACUCUACAUUGACCCUCGUGCCAAGCACUGUUAUGGCCAGGGACCCCCACCACUGUCUAACAAUGAAACGUGAAGGAGAGUGAGGUUGUACACCUAGAAUGCUCUAGGAUUUUGUAAUUUCGAAUAUGCUUCCUAUUAUGCAUUCGUAGACUCAACACCCAAUCGCUGCUACGUAUGACGACUUUUCCAAUCUCUAAACGCUACGCAGGAAAUAAGAAUUUGUGCAGUUGAAAUACAAUAUAUUGUGGGUCUAAUAAUUGCUUCCUUUUGCCUUGAUUAUUUGUAAUCUGCUUUCCAUAGUUUAAUCACAAAACCUCACAUGAUAAUUUGUGUUUGCAGUUAAUAUAUAACUGGUUUUCAUAUUAGUCCAUUUUCUACAUAUUCAAAGCAGUGCCUGCACUCUGAAGGAUGGAGUGGGGCUGUUACAGUCCUGGAGGUGGGAAGUACAGUUCCUGUACUCUGGAGGGGGUUGGAAUAUUACAGUCCUGGAGGUGGGAAGUAGUGUCUGCACUCUGGAGGGGGUUGGAAUAUUACAGUCCUGGAGGUGGGAAGUACAGUGCCUGCACUCUGGAGGGGGUUGGACUAUUACAGUCCUGGAGGUGGGAAGUACAGUGCCAGCACUCUGGAGGGGGUUGGAAUAUUACAGUCCUGGAGGUGGGAACAGUUCCUGCACUCUGGAGGGGGUUGGAAUAUUACAGUCCUGGAGGUGGGAAGUACAGUGCCAGCACUCUGGAGGGGGUUGGAAUAUUACAGUCCUGGAGGUGGGAACAGUUCCUGCACUCUGGAGGGGGUUGGAAUAUUACAGUCCUGGAGGUGGGAAGUACAGUGCCAGCACUCUGGAGGGGGUUGGAAUAUUACAGUCCUGGAGGUGGGAACAGUUCCUGCACUCUGGAGGGGGUUGGAAUAUUACAGUCCUGGAGGUGGGAACAGUUCCUGCACUCUGGAGGGGGUUGGAAUAUUACAGUCCUGGAGGUGGGAACAGUUCCUGCACUCUGGAGGGGGUUGGAAUAUUACAGUCCUGGAGGUGGGAACAGUUCCUGCACUCUGGAGGGGGUUGGAAUAUUACAGUCCUGGAGGUGGGAACAGUUCCUGCACUCUGGAGGGGGUUGGAAUAUUACAGUCCUGGAGGUGGGAACAGUUCCUGCACUCUGGAGGGGGUUGGAAUAUUACAGUCCUGGAGGUGGGAAGUACAGUGCCAGCACUCUGGAGGGGGUUGGAAUAUUACAGUCCUGGAGGUGGGAACAGUUCCUGCACUCUGGAGGGGGUUGGAAUAUUACAGUCCUGGAGGUGGGAAGUACAGUGCCAGCACUCUGGAGGGGGUUGGAAUAUUACAGUCCUGGAGGUGGGAACAGUUCCUGCACUCUGGAGGGGGUUGGAAUAUUACAGUCCUGGAGGUGGGAAGUACAGUGCCAGCACUCUGGAGGGGGUUGGAAUAUUACAGUCCUGGAGGUGGGAAGUACAGUGCCAGCACUCUGAAAGAGGGGUUGGAAUGUUAUAGUCAGAGGGUUUGGUUAUGAUGUCAGCACACUCCUACAAAGAUGGAAUUAUGUUGUCGUCUUCAGGUCACCAUACUUUGGCAGGACACUGCUAGUGAAUUAAAAAAAAUCCAAGUAUUAUAAUCAAACUAGACAGCAAAUAAAUACUGAUAUCAAAAAGAAGCAUUUUCAAAGUAUUGGACUCGUAUCAUUACACAAAUUUUUGUUUACUGUCCAGUGUUGACAUGCAAAAUCUUCAUGAAAAAUGAAGUCUGUAGAUUGUAUAAAUAACAGAGAACUUAUAUACUAGUGUCUUUCAUAAUGCAAAGAAAAAUUUCUCAGUUUUUCAUACGACGAAAUUUAUUUCAGUGUAUUUAUGUUUGUUUUAGCGACAGCUCUUAGAUGUUGUACUUGGAAAUCCCUAUAGCCAUGAAAUAUAAGUUGGGUGUAUCCAGUACAGAACAUGUAUUUACAUUUUUGUUGUAGCAUAUAAGUUUUUAGAAUUUUUAGCAUUGUAGGUCAGUAUUUUAGUUAUUUUUAAAUAAUUCCAUUAUAGAGGGCAAGUUUAGGUUGUCACUGUUAGCAUGGGCUCCACUGUGACCACAAACACAGGGUUCUUACAGAUGAAUCCCACACUAUGCUGGUGUGGGAGUCAUCUUUAAAAAUCUGCAUUUGUCAGUGGUGUCUGCUGUUAUGUCUGCUACCUUAUUCAAACAGGAUGGAAAGUGCAGUGUGCUGUUAUGUCUGUUAUCUUCUUCAAGCAAGAUGGAAAGUGCAGUCUGCUGUUAAAUCUACUGUCUUCUUCAAGCAGGACAACAAGUGCGUAAGAUUUUACAAAUGUCUUUUCUGACAGAAAUGUAGAUACUAAAUCUCCACAUUAUCUAGCAUAACUGUCUAUAUAUUUUUUACAAGUAUCUAUCAGUUUGAGCCGAGGGAAAAGAUGUAGAACUAAGCCACACUGGCUUUCUCGGGUUAUCCUUAAUUAUUAACCCAACAGAGUGGAUGAUCCAGAGGAAGUCCUCAGUGUUAACUGACUUUAUCACAGCAUUGAAGACAUGUUCAAUAAAGGCUUGCUUUCAUCCCCUAUUUUGUAGGGAUUAAUGGAUACAAAGAUAUCAGGACUCAAAUGAGGGAUUCUCUUUGUAAUUAAAAGCAUUUUCUCUCUCUCUCUCUGACAAGCAUCACACAAACUUCUCUUCAACACUUGCCUUGAGAUAGAGAGAGGAAGAGAACCAGACAAGAAAUUUCUCUUUUUGGUAUACUGGUCUUUGCUUCUCUCCCUAAUCGUACACAGACGCGCAUGUUGUCUGUGUCGUGCAUAACUGCAGAUGUGGAGAUUUAGUUGUGCAUAUGCUUUGGUGCUCACUGUCAGCCAACCUAUAUAUUACAGUCAACUCUAUUAUAACUCUCCUCUAUACACAACAGUUUUUUGUAAAUGCAAUUAAAAAAAGCGUAUAUGAAAUUGAAUAACACGUGAAAGGACGUUCAUUAUAUAGUGGUACCUUGAGUUACGAGCUUAAUUCAUUCCAGGAGGCUGUUCGAGUGCCGAUAACGAACAAAUUUGUUUCCAUAAGGAAUAUUGUAAAUUAGAUUAAUCCGUUUCAGACCCCCAAAAAUACACUUACAAAAUUGUUCGAGAUGGGAGCUGCUCGUAUCUCAAGAUACCAUCAUAUACGCUAAUUUUGGAAGGGCUUUUUCAGUCAAAUGUACAAAAAAUCACACCCUAUAGAGGAGCUUUAUAACAGAGAGCUUAUGUACUUCACAGUACAGUAAUGGUCAAUUUUAUUUACAUUGACGACUAUUGUGUACGAAAGUCAAAUAGGAAUAAUUUUUAUUGUGAAUUUUAUAUUGUUUUUGUUGUUACCUUUAAAAAUCCUAUAUAUUAGUAGCACUAAGUUAAGGUUUAUGAAAUUAUUUUCAGAUUUAAUUUUUUAUCGUGAUUAAUGUGUUCAGAGGAAAGUGAUUAAAAUGGGGAAUGGACUAUGUGGUGAUAAUUAGGUUUGAUCCAAGGAAAUUGAAAGAAGAGGAGGGCCCAGUUUGUUUGGCUCUAAACACAAAUAACCCGCACAUAGAAGAGAGGAGCUUACGACGAUGUUUCGGUCCGACUUGGACCAUUUACAAAGUCCAAGUCAGACCGAAACGUCGUCGUAAGCUCCUCUCUUCUAUAUGCGGGUUAUUUGUGUAUCGUUCCAGUCAUGGCAUUAUGCCUUUUUUUGUUACUUUUGGCUCUAAAAUUUGUGACCCUAUACGACAAGCGAAAAUCACCAGCGAAUAGGAAAGAGCCUUUAUUUUUCAUUGUCGAAUGAUCUAAAAUGCCCGGUAACAUGUUUACACUAUCAUAUAAUGAGUGCUUAAUACUGCUAGGUAUAAAAAUGAGAUAAGUAAAAUAAACACACAGUACACAUAGGUGAAGUUUGACAGGUCCCGUUUAAGACACGUAGGUGAAGUUUGACAGGUCCCGUUUAAGACAAGUAGGUGAAGUUUGACAGGUCCCGUUUAAGACACGUAGGUGAAGUUUGACAGGUCCCGUUUAAGACACGUAGGUGAAGUUUGACAGGUCCCGUUUAAGACACGUAGGUGAAGUUUGACAGGUCCCGUUUAAGACAUGUAGGUGAAGUUUGACAGGUCCCGUUUAAGACACGUAGGUGAAGUUUGACAGGUCCCGUUUAAGACACGUAGGUGAAGUUUGAUAGGUCCCGUUUAAGACACGUAGGUGAAGUUUGACAGGUCCCGUUUAAGACACGUAGGUGAAGUUUGACAGGUCCCGUUUAAGACACGUAGGUGAAGUUUGACAGGUCCCGUUUAAGACACGUAGGUGAAGUUUGACAGGUCCCGUUUAAGACACGUAGGUGAAGUUUGACAGGUCCCGUUUAAGACACGUAGGUGAAGUUUGACAGGUCCCAUUUAAGACACGUAGGUGAAGUUUGACAGGUCCCGUUUAAGACACGUAGGUGAAGUUUGACAGGUCCCAUUUAAGACACAUAGGUGAAGUUUGACAGGUCCCGUUUAAGACACGUAGGUGAAGUUUGACAGGUCCCGUUUAAGACAUGUAGGUGAAGUUUGACAGGUCCCAUUUAAGACACAUAGGUGAAGUUUGACAGGUCCCGUUUAAGACACGUAGGUGAAGUUUGACAGGUCCCAUUUAAGACACGUAGGUGAAGUUUGACAGGUCCCGUUUAAGACACGUAGGUGAAGUUUGACAGGUCCCAUUUAAGACACAUAGGUGAAGUUUGACAGGUCCCAUUUAAGACACGUAGGUGAAGUUUGACAGGUCCCAUUUAAGACAAGUAGGUGAAGUUUGACAGGUCCCGUUUAAGACACGUAGGUGAAGUUUGACAGGUCCCGUUUAAGACACGUAGGUGAAGUUUGACAGGUCCCAUUUAAGACACGUAGGUGAAGUUUGACAGGUCCCAUUUAAGACACGUAGGUGAAGUUUGACAGGUCCCAUUUAAGACAAGUAGGUGAAGUUUGACAGGUCCCGUUUAAGACACGUAGGUGAAGUUUGACAGGUCCCAUUUAAGACACGUAGGUGAAGUUUGACAGGUCCCGUUUAAGACACAUGUGAAGUUUGACAGGUCCCGUUUAAGACACACAUGUGAAGUUUGACAGGUUUCGUUUAAGACACGUAGGUGAAGUUUGACAGGUCCUGUUUAAGACACAUGUGAAGUUUGACAGGUCCCAUUUGAGACACACAUGUGAAGUUUGACAGGUCCCGUUUAAGACACAUAGGUGAAGUUUGACAGGUCCCGUUUAAGACAUACAUUAUGUGAAAUUUGACUGACAGGUACCACUGCUGGAGCAUAAGUAAUUUUAACUACCAAGUUAGUACAAAAUACAGCAGCAAGGGCCGAGUGGUCACCUUUUGUUAUCUUUGACUCCUCGUCAAGUUGGGAACUGACCAGGUUAUUGGUAGGCAUAACUCUAAAUAACUGUGCACGUUUGUAUCAUUUAUUUCAACAUGAUGUAAUGUUUGUUCAGAGAGGGAUGACAUUUACGUGUGGGUACACAAAGCCGCUUAGUAUACAGAGCAUUUUACAAUUUGUAUGGGGGUAUAAGUUGGCCACAAUUUUAGAAAAACGUUGUAGGCUGCUCUGUUAUGAAACUCGUCUUUAUAGUGCAAUAUUUUGUUAAAUAUGAUUGAAAGAGUUCAUCCAAAAUUGAAUAACAUUUGAAAAGACCAUGGUGUAUGCUGUUUAAUUUUGAAUGUUUGAUUUCAAUUACAUUUGCAGAAAAAAAAUCACACUACAUAAAAUAGCUGUACAUACUAUGUGUACCUAUAACUAAAUCAACUUACAGGAGGACCCCACUUUACAGCACUUCACUUUCCAGUGUUUCACUAAUACAGCAGUCUUCAGUUAUAGCCAUUCUUCGUUUAUUCCGAGUUUCUACAAUAAAUAUAUUUGGGGCUCUGGUGGCCUGGUGGUUAACGCUCUCGCUUCACACGGUGAGGGCCUGGGUUCGAUUCCCAGCCAGAGUAGAAACAUUGGACGUGUUUCUUUCCACCUGUUGUCUAUGUUCACCAUCAGUAAAAUGGGUACCUGGGUGUUAGUGGACUGGUGUGGGUCGCAUCCUGGGACACUGACCUAAGGAGGCCUGGUCACAGACCGGGCCGCGGGGGUGUUGACCCCCGGAACUCUCUCCAGAUAAACUCUCCAGAUAAACUACUCACUAUAAGCUGAGGAUGAGAAUAUUUUAAGGUAAGUAAUGUGUGUACUGUAUUUGUAUUUUUUAGGCCUAACUAUUGCUCAUGUAAUAUAUGAUAGUGUAAACAUUACUGGCUUUUCUGUGCAUUUGAAAGUAAAAGAAAAGUUAUGUUUCACUUUACAGCAGUAGCCCAGAACUUAACCUGCUGUAUAAGUGGGGCCCUACAGUAGCCCAGAACUUAACCUGCUGUAUAAGUGGGCCCUACAGUAGCCCAGAACUUAACCUGCUGUAUAAGUGGGGCCCUACAGUAGCCCAGAACUUAACCUGCUGUAUAAGUGGGGCCCUACAGUAGCCCAGAACUUAACCUGCUGUAUAAGUGGGCCCUACAGUAGCCCAGAACUUAACCUGCUGUAUAAGUGGGGCCCUACAGUAGCCCAGAACUUAACCUGCUGUAUAAGUGGGGCCUACAGUAGCCCAGAACUUAACCUGCUGUAUAAGUGGGGCCUACAGUAGCCCAGAACUUAACCUGCUGUAUAAGUGGGGCCUGCAGUAGCCCAGAACUUAACCUGCUGUAUAAGUGGGGCCUACAGUAGCCCAGAACUUAACCUGCUGUAUAAGUGGGCCCUACAGUAGCCCAGAACUUAACCUGCUGUAUAAGUGGGGCCUACAGUAGCCCAGAACUUAACCUGCUGUAUAAGUGGGGCCCUACAGUAGCCCAGAACUUAACCUGCUGUAUAAGUGGGGCCUACAGUAGCCCAGAACUUAACCUGCUGUAUAAGUGGGGCAUACAGUAGCCCAGAACUUAACCUGCUGUAUAAGUGGGGCCCUACAGUAGCCCAGAACUUAACCUGCUGUAUAAGUGGGGCCUACAGUAGCCCAGAACUUAACCUGCUGUAUAAGCAGGGCCCUACAGUAGCCCGGAAGUUAACCUGCUGUAUAAGCAGGGCCUUACAGUAGCCCAGAAGUUAACCUGCUGAAUAAUGGGGCCCUACAGUAGCCCGGAAGUUAACUUGCUGUAUAAGCAGGGCCUACAGUAGCCCAGAAGUUAACCUGCUGUAUAAGCAGGGCCUUACAGUAGCCCAGAAGUUAACCUGCUGUAUAAGUGGGGCCUUACAGUAGCCCAGAAGUUAACCUGCUGUAUAAUGGGGCCCUACAGUAGCCCAGAAGUUAACCUGCUGUAUAAGUGGGGCCUUACAGUAGCCCAGAACUUAACCUGCUGUAUAAGUGGGGCCUUACAGUAGCCCAGAACUUAACCUGCUGUAUAAGUGGGGCCUUACAGUAACCCAGAAGUUAACCUGCUGUAUAAUGGGGCCUUACAGUAGCCCAGAACUUAACCUGCUGUAUAAGUGGGGCCUACAGUAGCCCAGAACUUAACCUGCUGUAUAAGUGGGCCCUACAGUAGCCCAGAACUUAACCUGCUGUAUAAGUGGGGCCUUACAGUAGCCCAGAAGUUAACCUGCUGUAUAAUGGGGCCUUACAGUAGCCCAGAAGUUAACCUGCUGUAUAAUGGGGCCUUACAGUAGCCCAGAAGUUAACCUGCUGUAUAAGUGGGGCCUACAGUAGCCCAGAAGUUAACCUGCUGUAUAAGUGGGCCCUACAGUAGCCCAGAAGUUAACCUGCUGUAUAAGUGGGGCCUACAGUAGCCCAGAAGUUAUCCUGCUGUAUAAUGGGGCCAUACAGUAGCCCAGAAGUUAACCUGCUGUAUAUACAAUGUUUUACUACAUGUAAACUACAUUAUCAUUAUACAUCAUAAAAACGAAAUAAAAAUUUGAAUUUGAAGUGUGUUUUUUUUUUGUGAAUACCAUUAUAAAAGUAGAGCCAAAAUUUAAGAGUACAUACUAUGGCCUUUCCAUGUAACGUUCAAUUUUGAAUGUCUUUUUCAGUUGCCUUUACUGAAAAUUGCACUGUAUAGAUGGGGUAAUGUGGUAGAGAUCUGGUUCAGUAUUACUAGUGUUGACAGGGUAACACAAGAUGUCUGAGUCGCAUCCUGGGACAAAACUGACAUAAUUUGUGGGAAAUGAUCAGCAUAACAAGGGACUUUCUAUAUAGUAAUAUGUCACUGAUGUCAGCUAUGGUCUGUAUACCUUGUACAUGUGCUGGUAUACCUUGUACAUGUACUUGUAUACCUUGUACAUGUACUUGUAUACCUUGUACAUGUGCUUGUAUACCUUGUACAUGUACUUGUAUACCUUGUACAUGUACUGGUAUACCUUGUACAUGUACUUGUAUACCUUGUACAUGUACUGGUAUACCUUGUACAUGUACUUGUAUACCUUGUACAUAUACUUAUAUACCUUGUACAUGUGCUUGUAUACCUUGUACAUAUACUUAUAUACCUUGUACAUGUACUGGUAUACCUUGUACAUGUACUGGUAUACCUUGUACAUAUACUGGUAUACCUUGUACAUGUACUGGUAUACCUUGUACGUGUACUGGUAUACCUUGUACAUGUACUUGUAUACCUUGUAGAUGUACUUGUAUACCUUGUACAUGUACUUGUAUACCUUGUUCGUGUACUGGUAUACUUUGUACAUGUAUACCUUGUACAUGUACUUGUAUACCUUGUACAUGUACUGGUAUACCUUGUACAUGUACUGGUAUACCUUGUACAUAUACUGGUAUACCUUGUACAUGUACUGGUAUACCUUGUACAUAUACUGGUAUACCUUGUACAUGUACUUGUAGAAAUAAAGGUAUUAUUAUUAUUAUUAUUAUUAUUAUUAUUAUUAUUCAUUGUGAAAUGAUCGGUCCUGGGACUGUUCAGGCAUGAUUGAUCGUGUGGAAAAGUUUUGGCAUACAGUGGCUUCAUCAGUCAAAAACAAAGAAAUGCAAUGAAGAAUGGUAGAAAAAGAGGAGUUGAAGUAGUCAGUCCCUCAGUCUGGAGUCGAUGUGUUCAGUCCAACUGAACAUCAAUCAUGAAAUCAACGUGUUAAGUCCCUGAAAAUGAUGUAUUCAGUCUCGGAAUCAAUGUUUUCAGUUCAUCGAUCUUGAAGAUUGACGGAAUCGAUGUGUUCAGUUCUCGGAAUCAAUGCGUUCAAUCCUGGAUUGAUUGCCCCAACCCAUCGACUCCAAGGUGAGGGACUGAUCACCUUAAACUCCUCUUUUUCUAUCAUUCUUCCACGUACUGGACUGAAGAAGUCACUGGCUGGCAAAACGUUUCCUCAAUAAAGGUUGCCAAAUGUUGCACAAAUGUGUCAUUCUUCAACUGGUCAGUUUUCUAGACCAUUUAUCACAUGACUGGUCCGAUUUGAUGCCAACUUUGUUCCGCUGCUUCAUUAUAAACAUGGUAACGUAAAGUUAUCCUCAAGUCCAAAAAUUCAAUAUCAAAAUUGAAAAAUUCAAAAUUGAAAAUAUCAAAAUUGAAAAAUUGAAAAUUGAAAAUAUCAAAAUUGAAAAAUUCAAAAUUGAAAAUAUCAAAAUUGAAAAAUUCAAAAUUGAAAAUAUCAAAAUUGAAAAAUUCAAAAUUGAAAAUAUCAAAAUUGAAAAAUUGAAAAUUGAAAAUAUCAAAAUUGAAAAAUUCAAAAUUGAAAAUAUCAAAAUUGAAAAAUUCAAAAUUGAAAAUAUCAAAAUUGAAAAAUUCAAAAUUGAAAAUAUCAAAAUUGAAAAAUUCAAAAUUGAAAAUAUCAAAAUUGAAAAAUUCAAAAUUGAAAAUAUCAAAAUUGAAAAAUUCAAAAUUGAAAAUAUCAAAAUUGAAAAAUUCAAAAUUGAAAAUAUCAAAAUUCAAAAUUUUUAUAUCUUUGUGUAGUAUAUAAAGUGUAGUUUACAUGUAAUUCAGUAUUAUUAAGCACAAAGAAAGCCGCUACAUGCAUGAACUUUUUGGGCAGCAAGAAAACGAUAUAUACCAUUGGAAAGCUGAGAAUUUAUAGUUUUAAAUCCAUUUACAGAACAAAAUAAUUUGGAAAGCAUGAUGACCAUUUAGAAUACAAAAUUUUCGGAAGUUUGUUAUGUCCAUAUUUGUAUACUAUAUUUCAUAAUUUUAAUCAAAAUAAAUCGCUCGACAUUUUUAUGGUUUUAUAAGUAUUGACCUUUCAUUUAUGACCAAUAUCAACUAUGUAUUAAACUUUUCUUAACCCUUAAACUGUCCGAACGUAGAUCUACGUUUGUACCGCUAGCACUCCAAACGUAGAUGUCCGUUUUAUUUUACGUGCUUUCAAAUGUAAAAUAAAACUUAGAUCUACGUUCGGAGCGCUACAUGAGUAAAUGUAUAUCUACGUUUGGACAGUUGAAGGGUUAAACUACGGGAUUACGUAAUGCAGAAUUUUGUACAUGAAGUUCAAACUGUCCUUGAAAGUUAUGACCAAUGAUUCACUGCAUCUUGAUAAGUUAAUUUGCCUUGCAAGGUCAUACCUGGAAUAUACCUGGUGUAUACCUGGAAUAUACCUGGUGUAUACCUGGAAUAUACCUGGUGUAUACCUGGAAUAUACAGUGGACCCCCGCAUAACGAUUACCUCUGAAUGCGACCAAUUAUGUAAGUGUAUUUAUGUAAGUGCGUUUGUAUGUGUAUGUUUGGGGGUCUGAAAUGGACUAAUCUACUAAACAAUAUUUCUUAUGGGAACAAAUUCAGUCAGUACUGGCGCCUGAACAUACUUCUGGAGUGAAAAAAUAUCGUUAACCGGGGGUCCAUUGUACCUGGAAUAUACCUGGUGUAUACCUGGAAUAUACCUGGUGUAUACCUGGAAUAUACCUGGUGUAUACCUGGAAUAUAUCUGGUGUAUACCUGGAAUAUACCUGGAGGGAGUUCUGGGGGCCAACGCCCCUGCAACCCUAUUUAUGACCAGGCCAUGCAGUGUGUUGUGGGCAUGGUGUUUCUCAUUAAUGGCCCGAAACAUGCAUGUGUAAUUUGCUAGUAUGAAAUGUUGCAACUAAUGAGAUUCACCUUGUCAUAAGAGGUUAACUCAGAUGAGAAAUAAUGGUAGAUUUACUGACAAAAUAUUAGGUACAAGGGCAGAGAUGCAAUUAAUGUGACAUUUUAAUUCAUGAACUUGUAAUAACACUACUGGAAACAAACCACAGAACUCACAGGCCAGUGCAUGAGCCACUCCAGUGGCCAUGCACUGGCCUGGAGUUGCACCACUCACCGUGCAUUCAAGCCCCCACCCAUUCUUUGGUUUGUGACAUUUUUUUCUUGUGGCAACAUUUCACUCUCCAGGAGCUUGACAGCUCCUGGAAAGCAAAAUGUUGACUCAAUAAAAUAUCACAUUAGUUACACCUGUGACCUACCUAACUUAAUUCACCUUGCCAGGUCCUGGAUGGUGUUUCUCACAUUACUGGUCUAAAAUGUUUGUGUGUGUGUAAUUAGCUAAAUAUUUUUAUUACCCUCAAAUGUAUAUUACUGUAUAUUGCGCAUAAACUUAAUGAAAUUAUAA